GCGAAAUCUGAUCUUCCUUCCUCCUUGUUUGCGCUUCAGUUCUGAUUUCUUCAGAGGAAGAUGGUGAAAUGUAUGAAGAGGUGUAGAAGAUUCGCGAAGGUUGAGGUGAUGGAGGUGUCGAAGGUGGUGGGAAUGAGGACGAGAGCGAGAUCUCUCGCGCUUGCUGCGGCGGCGGAGGUGAGGGAUAGUCGGAGCAGGAAGACUGCUAGAUCGGUGGAUCAAGAUGUGCGAAUGGCGCAUGUGAAAUUUAGGAGUCGGAGUUUGGUGAUGACGCAUCGGGAACAAUCGAAAUUGGUGUUUAAUGCCAAAGGGAGAAUCUGCGGGAAUGGACAACAGACCAGCUCGCGGUGUUCAAGUAGCUCUUCCUGUGAAGCGGUGGAGAAUGUCGAUAUAUUGUUUCCAACUGUCACGGUUCACGAGCCAUGCGAGGAAGUCGCUUGUAGCUCCAUUCGUGAAUUCGAGCGGUUUCGAGACAGGAGAGAGAUCGAACAGUCAAGCAAUCAAAUUAUCUAUUCGGGAGAGCUGGAUUCAUCAGCUGAGGGAAAAUCCCGGCGGUCCUUGCCUGAAUUUAGGACCCCGCCCGCCGCCGAGAUUGAAGAGUUCUUCACCGUCGUGGAGAAAUCAUUAAAGCAUCAAUUCGCGGCCAGGUACAAUUUCGACUUUGAUAACGAGGUUCCAUUGGAAGGACGAUACGAAUGGGUUCGAGCAAAUCCAUGAAAUCACGCUCUUCGAUGAUGAGAAUUAUAUCGAAGACCCGUCAACUUAAAAGUAGGCCAAAAAUUAACUUAAUUUUCUUACUUCUCUUCCUUAGUAAUGUGAAUUUAGCGAGCAGCGAAGCAACCGCCUUCAUCUCUUACUUCUCACCUCUGGACCUCAGCCUUAAAUCUCUAAUGCCGCCCCUCUUUAAUUUAUCUCCUCUCACCUCCUUCCGGAGAACCUUCUGAGCUCAGACUUCUCUCUCACCGUCAUCUUCCUCCGGAAAGAAAAGAAUUCAAAAGAGAGAGAAGGAGAAUUGUAAUAAUUUAAUUAAAUUGGUUCGCCGAAAUCCGUGCAUUUCCAUCAUCUUCCCAGUUCUGCACUCUUCCAUGUUUCUCUGCUCAGGUAGGUAGUAUUCCAGGUGCAGCAGUGCUCGAUCACCGUAGGAUUUUUCAUCGGACGGUGUAAUACAAUGCUACUGUAACUUUCUGUUUCAAUGAUUAUUUUUUGGUUAUUA